AUGGAUUCGUCAAAAGCACCAGUCAAGCUCGCCCGUGUCAUCAAGGUCCUCGGCAGGACUGGAUCCCGUGGUGGUGUCACUCAAGUCCGAGUCGAGUUCUUGGACGAUACUACACGGACAAUCAUCCGAAACGUGAAGGGUCCCGUCCGAGAGGAGGACAUCUUGGCUCUCCUGGAGAGUGAGCGUGAGGCUCGUCGUCUCCGUUAA